UGACUACUUGUAGCCAGAUUGCUGAUGCCCACCCAAUUCAAUUGCUCUUUGGCACCAAGAAUCCCUUAUACUGCUAUAACACAAACAGAGCCCAUACUAUCCACGGCGACCACAACCAAUCGACAGAUUCCUAUCGGCUAUGCAAUGGCCUGUUUCAUGCUCAGGCCGUUAGUUAGUAGCCUGCUCUUCCUUCUCGGGUGGCGUUGAAUGUUGACCGUAGAUAUUCAGUGAUGCUGUAGCAUCAGACUAGUAUCAUAACUACUACGAGACUUCUAGUUUCAAAAAUGGCAGGGAAUUCAACGAUUCUUCGUCGUCCAUCAGAGGGUGUGGUGCAUCAGUUAGACUCACAAAGUACUCGGUAAGGCUCUUCCCAAAAAGGGGGGCUUGAUCGGAACAGGAGUUUCGUUGUUCCGCCGCCAAGAAUUUUCCAAUCCUCCAUCUGGAAAGUCUGCGAGACUGGUCGCCCGGUACCUCGUCGUUCAAUCGCAACGAAGGGAGCAGUUGACACUACAGCAGAGCUCCUCUUGAGCUCCAAGCUGUCAUGAUGAACACUCAACAGAUGUCCAUGCGACAUCUUUGCAGAGGUUGCCAAUCACGGACAGAACCUUCACCCUUUAUCGAGCUGUGCCGUCUAACGACCUCUCUCCAUCUCGCACCUAGAAGAUCAUUGCAUUCAUCCAAUACCCGACGCGCGUCCACAGAUGGAGGGACGUCCUCAGCAAAACAAGCUCCGGCCAAAGCAUCGGAACCAAAUGCGAAACCAAUGACAGCGGUAGAAAGAAUGAAGGCGGCGGCGCGGAGAGCUCAGGACAAGUUGAACGAGCAACGGAGAGAGUACGAGGCAAACGCCACGCAAGGAGGCCUCGCUCCUUCCAGCGCCUUUGGUGGAGAGUUGAAGCGCAAAGCCUUCCAACCGACCGGCCUCCUCGUCGAAGGUGCCUUUGAGAAGCGCAAUCCCACGAACAUGGAACAGGCCCUGAACCCGCGUCCCGGAGCCCGCCUGAGAUGGCAACGCAAGAUGGUGAUCCGAGAAAUCAAACACCGCGGCCGGUUGACAAAGGAGGUGAAGAUCGCCCGCACCGAGCGCAGCCACAUGUCCCGGUCCCAUUUCUUCAAGACUUCGAUGAAAAAGCUGGCCCCGCUCGCCCGCCAGAUCGCCGGCAAGCCCAUCGACGAGGCGAUCCUGCAGAUGAGGUUCUCGAACAAAAAGGUGGCUCAGGACGUGCGCCAGCACCUCAUCCAAGCCCGGAACGAGGCCAUCGUGGUCAAGGGCAUGGGUCUAGGCCGCGCGGGAUCGGAGAAUCAGAACACAGAGCUACUCCAAUCAGACCCGAGCGAGACACCACCACUGCCUCACCAGACGCCAUUGAAGACGUACAAGAAGGGCGUCGCACCCGAUCCGACUGACAUGUACGUCGCCCAGGCAUGGACGAACCGUGGGCCCUACGGCCAAGAACCGGACUACCGAGCCCGAGGACGGAUGUACAUCAUGAGACCACCGCACACCGGCAUCACCGUGCUGCUGAAAGAGGAGAAGACCAGGGCGAGGGAAAAGGCCGAGAAGGAAGCAAGGGCGCUGAAGAAGAGACUGGGCAAGAACAUGUGGGUGCAUUUGCCCGACCGGCCCGUUACUACGCAGCGACAGCAUGUAUUGUGGUAGAGACAACAUUCUUAUACAGCAUGAAGUAUCGGGGUUCUUUUUUUGUUUUUUAGAAAGGAAAACCUGUAACAAAAUCAUUCUCCAUACCAAAAGAGACUCCAUCAGCUAGCUCCUCUCCCAAAUCCUCCGAAGCCUUGCCUCUGACAACUUUUGCUCCUCGCACGUACACCCACC